AUGGCCACUUCCAAGGUGUACAGAAGAGUCUUCAACAGGACAGCUGCCAACGAUACAGACGUCCUAGUCACGGACGACUUCAUCCGCGACAACUUUACCGAUGUCUUCGGUCAGCUACUCGCAGACGAGUCUGUGAUAUCACUGCUCACUUAUAAAGAGCUGGCAGAGUGGUUCUGGAAAAGAACGACCAACACGUAUAGUUUUACCACUUUCGCCAUCGCCGACGGCGCCUUUGUACCCAGAUCCGACGAAAACGAGAAAUGGUUCUCCAACCACGUACGCUUCCUUACGCUGAUCACGCCCAAGGAGAACCCGAAUGAAAACGAGGCACCACCUAAUGUCUUUGUCGUUGGGUCUCUCCCAACUGAUGGGUCUGGUGGAUUCCUACAGGUCGCCAGUUGGAACGGUCAAGUGAUGCGCUACUAUGCUGUUGAAAAUCUGAAUGGCGAAGAUGAAGGUCCUCGCGUGUGGACUUAUCAAGGCGAUUCUUGGGGUGCUUUCGCCGACGGCCCAGGCACUGAGGAGACGGAGCCAUGGUACCAUUGGUACACGGGCUCGGAUCCUACAUUUGCCAACUGCCUUAAGAAGGAACAAAUCAAUCUUUACAAGGGCAUCCGCUUCCUGACGGGAGACAAUCACAGUGUGCUGACGGGUGCAAGCGUCCGCAGCGGCGAGCAGUUGGAGCCAGUGAUCAAGGCCAUAGUCUCCGACUGGUACACCAAUCGUGUGCACAGUGACUUUUACGAGCCCGCCGCCGGCGGCGAUGAGCACCGGCUACGAGCCAGCCCCGUCAACACUAGACGUUGGAUGGCGCACCUGCUGCUGACGACCACGAUCAACGUCGUCGCCGCGCUGUCUGACAACGAAGGCUCGUCGUCCGCCGCAGGCCAAGACGAUGUUACAACAUAUACUGUGGACUGGAACCACUUCUUCAACAGCGAGAUGCUGUCCAUGCUCAGCUCAGGUCUCAUUCCAAGUCAAGCAAAUGGAGGACCCCCCAAGUUUGACGUCGGCAAGGGCACCAACUAUGAUCUUGCCAAGGAGAAGCUUCAACUGGCGCUUGUUUGUGAAGAUGUAGAGGGCAAUGAACUGAGCAAGUUCGAGCUACCGAGAGGCACUCUCGGAGGCGGCAAGCAGACCAGGGCAUAUGACACAGUGAACUUUGUCGAGGCUUUGUCUGGGAGUGAGGGCAUGCCUUUCGUCAUUUUGCAACCAUCGUACGAGGAUUCCAUCGGGGUGCUCCGUAUGCAGAAAGUCAAGACGUCACCCGUCGGACUUCUCUCAGCCAAGGCAUUCCGGUCCGUCGUGAUGCUCGACUACUGGAACCCGGUGUUUUCCUGGCGCCGCGGCGUGCUCAUGCAGUACGUCCCCCCGAGCACUUCGCUGUUGGGCACUCAGUACGAUCUCGAGGACAAGUGGGUGGCUGCCAUUCGGCAGUCCCGCCCCUUUACGGAUGGCGAUGUUGACAGUCCCGAGUACCAGUUCAUUCAGUUAUAUGACAACGACAAUGGCACCAAGAAUCAGUAUGAAAAGCGGCUGAACCGCUACAUUAGCAAGGUGCGAGAGAAGAUGAAGACGGCUGACGGCAUCUACGAGUAUCUGCAGCUCGCGGAGGCCCGCCGCAGGAUAUAUCGACCGUUGCCCCUCGACGAGUUCGGCGUGCAGCUGCCGUAUGCGCGCGCUAUGCCUGGCGACUGGGGCUUCAUUGAAAUGAGGGAAGAUGGGAUCACUGCUGCAAUCCCGCCUCGAGGGAAGCAGUUCCUGCUCAGCUGGACGUUCUCUCUUGCGGGCUAUGACCCGCAUCUCAUUCCGGCGACGCCAUCAGCGCCAACAUCAGAUAUCGAGGCCUCGCACGUUGAUAACAUCCUAACAGAUGUACGAAUGGCAAACGGCGUGUCUCGAUGUCCAGUGAUAAGCGCACGCGCCGCGAAGGCAGUAACAGGCAACGAGACUACCAACGGGGCGUCUACUGCACCGCCAUAUCCCACCUGGAACGACGACAUUCGCGCACUCUUUGUCACACCAAAGUGGGUGUCUGAUCCAGGAAGUGUCGGCUUAUACUGGAGGAGUAUGAUGCUGGAGUACAGCCCUCUUAAAGGCCAGCCCCUCCAUCUUGACCUGUUCUCGAAGCAGUCGGUGGAGGAGAGUGCUGUCACUAUCUAUCAGCAUCUCCGUUCGAAGUCAAUGCCCAUCACGCAAGAUCCCACCGAGUAUUGGCCUGACUGGGCGCUUGAGACAUUCCGAUUGUGGGCAAACCAAGGCUACCGUACCACAACUUCUGACCCGAUUGUUCCAAUAGAGGUCAUCGCCUCUGACGACUCCCCGUUCACGAUGCGGGUUCGCAAGGAUAUCCUGUCUCUCAGUGACACAGAGCUCCAGACGUACCGUGAGAAACUCGACACCGUCCUCCGUGUGGGCGAGCUGUAUGAAGCGGAUGGGAAGACGCCAUCCAAAUGGCAGGAACUGGGGCUUCUUCAUGCCGAGUGGUGCUUGCACUACCAGGAAGCAACCUUCCUCUGGCACCGGGCCUUUCUUCGUUACGUCGAGGAGCUGAUCGACUUUCCAAUCCCAUACUGGAACGGCUUCGCCGCCGAUACCAGCGAGCGUGAGUCGCCGUACGCCGGCAUCCCACAGAUCUUCCUUGACGACGAGUACACCAACUCCGAGGGCGAAGUUCGCAAGAAUCCGUUGCGCUGGGCACUCGCCUACAACGGCAAGAGCAAGGGCGGCGGGGCUUAUGUGCAGCGGGCUCCGGAGCUCGUAGAAGGUCGCGGCACCGAGCCGUGGAAGAAGAAGGUUGACCUCUUCAAAACCUAUCACCAGCAGAUUGCGUUUGCGCUUUCGAAGAAGCUGUACAGCCUGCCGCAAUACUGGAAGAAGAGUCCGAUGCCGUGGGCAAACAUCCCAGUCUUCACUGAUCACAUGGAAGACUGGAGAUAUCCUACUUUUGCCAAGGAAAUGUACUUUGAUGGGUUAUUCGAGCAAGCUCAUGAUAACUACCAUGGCUGGGUCGGCCCUGAUAUGGCCGACAACACCUACACCGCGUUCGACCCCAUCUUCUUGAGCUACCACUGCAACAUGGACCGCAUCGUCGAGCGCUACCUGCGUGCGCAGGCCAGCACGCAGCCGACGCUGACGUUCAACUUCCCACUCCGUCCUUUCGUGCAAAACGCGCGAGCACUAGCGUACGCAGACCCGCGCGAGUACAUCUACACCACCAUUGGCGACAUGCAGAAGGAUGUGCGCGCCCUCAACUACCUCUUCGCUCCACCUGUCCUGCGCGACUUUGUGACGCUACCGCCAGCCGUCAGCAAACUAGAACCCAAGGGUGGUGUAGCCGUUCCAAUCGUGCCAUCAGAAGUAACCGCUGCAACUACCGCCAACAACGCUGGCGCCGCGGAGACCGCAGACACCGUCACAGAGGCCAUAAACGAUCAACAGCCCUACGUCAUCUUUGCGGGCGUCACUUGCACACGCGACAGCUACGAAAUCGACGUCUUUGUCCGUGGCGCGCGUGACAAGCGCCCGGACCCGAUUCUCAACGCCGACUACAUCGGCCGCAUCACUCGCCUCGGCAUGGGCAGUGGCCGCGACCCAACACGCCCAAUCCGCAACGCCUCUCGGUGUGUGAAACCUGCUGUUACACGAGUCUUACGUGCUGAUGGAGCGGUUUCGGGCUUGCUACGGGAGAAGGGCGUUGAUCAAGUUGUAAGGGACUUGACGACGGGGUUGGAGGUUGCUGAGAGUGAGUGGAAAGAGUGGCCGGGUUUCGUUGGGCGGCUGGUCUGGGGAUGA